AUGCUGUUACGCGCAUCAUUGGCUGGCGCUCUGCUGGCCAUCGCACCGCUGGCACAGGCUGCCUUCAACAAAGCGGCCAUCAAUGCAUUCAACAUCGAGCACCCACGUCGGUAUGACCAGAUCCGCCAUCCAGCGAUGCCAGAGCGAUCGAAUCUGGAGAAGAGAGACUCGAAAUUCCUGAACAGUAACACACAGAAGUUUGUCGUCAACGGCACUGGUAUCCCAGAGGUCGACUUCGACAUCGGCGAGUCGUAUGCCGGGCUUCUGCCAGUCUCGCAGGCCGCGAACGACUCAAGGCAGCUGUUUUUCUGGUUCUUCCCUACCACAAAUCCAGAUGCUGGAAACGAGGUGACCAUUUGGUUCAACGGUGGCCCUGGCUGCUCUUCGCUUAGUGGGCUGCUCACCGAGAAUGGCCCGUUCUUGUGGCAGGAAGGGACCCUUGCGCCAACACCAAACACGUACAGCUGGUCGAACUUGACGAACAUGCUAUUCGUCGAGCAGCCGAUCGGAGUCGGCUACACGCAGGGCACGCCCAACAUCACGAACGAGGUCGAACUGGGACUCGAAUUCAUCGGCUUCUACCAAAAUUUCGUGGAUGCUUUUGCACUUGAUGGCGUCACAACCUACAUCACGGGUGAAAGCUAUGCCGGCUACUAUGUGCCAUACGUCGCGGACGCCUUCAUCACUGCCGCAGACGACAAGUACUACAAGCUCGGAGGCGUGGCAAUCAACGACCCUAUCAUCGGUGAUGGUACGAUCCAGCAGCAGGUGGUCAUCUAUCCUUACAUCGAGUACUGGAACAACCUCAUGAACAUUAACCAGAGCUACUUGGACGCCCUCCGAUGGACACACGAGUAUUGUAACUACUCCUCGUAUCUCAACGAGUACUUCACCUUUCCACCACCGUCUGGCGCUUUCCCAGUGCUUCCAGAUCCGUAUGCGGACACGGACCCCAAUAGCAACUACACUUGCGAUAUCUUCGACUACGCCUACUACGCAGCUCUGUUAGCCAAUCCGUGCUUCAAUAUAUACCACAUCACCGACAUGUGCCCACACCCAUACAGUCAGCUCGGCAUCGUCAACACAGGCGACUACAGCCCGCCCGGCGCCCAGGUGUAUUUCAACCGCACAGACGUGCAGGACGCCAUCAACGCGCCACAUGUCGAUUGGUACCAGUGUACGCCAGUGAACGUGUUCGGUGGGCCAAGCGACAACCAGUCGCUUAGCGAUAGGUCGCUUGCGCCUGCUCAAAACGAGGUUCUACAGCGUGUAAUUGAGUACACCAAUAACACCAUCAUCGGUGUAGGCCGACUGGACUUCCUUCUGGCGCCCAAUGGCACCUUGUUCGCCCUUCAGAAUGCGACAUGGAACGGAGCGCAGGGCUUCCAGUCGUACCCACAAGACAAGACUUUCUACACGCCAUACCACGAUGAGACCAACGGCGGCCGUCUCUCAGAGGCUGGCGUGGUUGGCCAAUGGGGCGCCGAAAGAGGGCUGACCUACUAUGAGGUGCAGCUGGCAGGUCACGAGCUACCUGGCUACUCAGCGGGCUCGGGAUACAGAGUCUUGGAGUUGUUGCUGGGAAGGAUCAAGAGCUUGGACGAAGUCAGCAACUUCUCGACGCAGGAAGAUCAAGGUGAUCUUGGCAACAAUGCGACCUUGACGAUGAAGAGGGAGCUGUAA